AUGCUGAUUUUCCUCGUAACAUUCUUGUUUGCCAGAGUAUUUGCAAAUUUUUCCCCGGAUUUUUCUGCUUUUCUAGCCAGCUAUUAUGGUCCCCAAGUCAGAGACCAGAUGGAGAGGCGAGAUCUCGAAUCGAAAGGAUCUUUUGGUGGGAAAGCGGAUCGUUCGGAGAGAUUGAAGAAUCAACCAAUUGUUUUCGUUCAUGGCGUUUCGGAUACGGCUGGCGAAAAGAUGCGACAAGCAGCAAACUGGUUCAAAGCUAGAGGGUACUCCGAUAGCGAACUCUACUCUACAACGUAUUUCAAUGGAGCGCAAGGAAAUCCGCUGAAGUGGGUAGAGUACGGAAUGCGAUGUGAAUACGUAAAGCAGGUUCGAGCGCUAAUCGUCGCCACGCGUCUCUAUACAGGUCGGGCAGUCGACGUGAUUGCAUUUUCGCUGGGUGUUCCUGUAUCGAGAAAAGCUAUUCUAGGAGGACACUGCGUGGAUUCGGGCGAAUAUCUGGGAGGACCACUAACAAAAUAUAUUGACACAUUUGUUGGUGUGGCAGGACCAAAUCAUGGGAUAAGCUUGCAGGUGGGCGGCAUUGCAAUCCCCGGAUGUGUGUUCAGCGUUAUUCCUGUGUGCAAUCAAGUGACUGGGCUAUACUCGGGUGUGUGCCCAAGCGAAAGCGAAUUUUUGCAGGACAUAAAUAGACAAGUCGGAUACGAGGGUAUGCACGUAUUUACGAUCCACUCCAAAAAGGACCAGAUAGUUGGUCAUAUUGUCUGCAAUAAGGUAACUUCGCAAAUCGCUGGACAAAUGGGCGAGAAGGUGUUCGAAAAUCUCAAUCAUGAUGAUACUUUCCACACGUCUCACAAUGUGCAAUUCCAAAUGAUUCGGAACCAUAUAGUCAUCUAG